AUGCCGAUCGACAUGAUUGGAGCUGGAUGGAGCAACGUGUGUCCGACGCCGAGGCCAAAGAAUUUGAGCACCUACCCGCCGUCCACGAGCCCAUUUUCGAUGGCAGCCGAGUACACGAAGCCCCUCCCCACCGCGACCGCAGUGCCCAUGCCGACCGCCACCGCGACCGCAGUGCCCAUGCCGACCGCCACCGCGGUGUCCAUGCCGACCGCCACCGCAGCCAUGGCAGCCCCUGCGCAUGCGCCGAGCCCUCGCGUCUCUAAUCACGUCGUGGCCGGCGGCAUCGACCACUGGCAACACACGCUGUUUGACUGCAGCUCCGACAAGGGCUGCUGCUCCGACAUGGGCCUCUGCUGCCUCGCCUCCUUUUGCGCGCCGUGCGCGUACGGACAGCUCGUCAACCGCAUCAAGACGGGCUACCCGGGUGAUUUCUGUGGUGACACAGGAGCGUGUGCAAGCUUCCUCGGCCUCUCAUUUAUUCCCUACGUGGGCGGUCUCGUGGCGGCGGCUUACAGCGCCCAAACCCGUACGGAGAUCCGCACAGCGUACCGCCUCCCGGAGACACCAUGCAACGACGUCUGUGUGCACGUUUGUUGCUUGCCCUGGGCGCUCUUUCAAGAGACCAAGGAGGUGACUGCCCGGCAGCGGGACGGCCAAGGCGUCCCUGUGAGCCCUCGCUACGCUGUCCAGCCUAUGACGGCGGCUCCCACCCAAGGCGUUUCCAUGGCGCGUUCGUGA